UUAGGUACUGUAAUAUUAAUUAAUUCUCCAACACCAUCUUCCCCAAAACGUGCACAGCGAUAUUCGCGCAAAUGAGGCGAACCGCUUACCUCAUCGUACGAUAGAAGAUGUCGCUAGAUGGAUUGCUGCACGCGAUCCAUUUCCGGUUGUCGCCAUUUUGAACAUUUUAUAGCAUAUUGUUUGUACGGACUGUAGUACCAAGCUAGACAAGCUGAACACUGAAUCAUUUGCAUUUAAAGUGUUCGUAGUUUUAUUCGUCCCCAGUUGGUCGUGAUUUACACCUUUUGAAGCGGGCGAAACUUCAAGUAACUACGCCCAGUACUUUGUGUUGCAUUGCCAUAAUGCACUCCAUUCCAUUCGGUCGAAGAUUUUCUGCCGUGGAAUAUAGACUCUGUAUUACUAGCUCAUGAAUAUUAGGGAGAAGUAUUCAAUUCAGAGUGAUGUAGAUGAAGAUUUAUUUGUUUGUAUAAAUUGUGUAUGUAAAAAACGUUAAGAAAAUCUAUGUCACCAUGACAUAGUCUUUAAGUUAUUAAGUAAUUUCAAGUAACUAACCGAAGGAUAAACUAUUGCAAUUACUCUAUUACGAGUUACUAGCUUCAGCUAAAGCAUUUUAAAGAGGUUAAUUUAUCAUUUCACAAUCAACGAAAUAAGUUCGUUGUAAGCGAGAUGUUUGUUAGUCUCUUAAUAAAUUAUGAAAUUAUCAAAUUAUGAAAUUGGUCUCUUAUAAAUUAUUAAUAGUUCAGCUAUUGAAAAUUGAAGUACAAAUUAAAAACAUUUAAAGUAAAUGUCUCAGAAACUUCAAAUCAUAAUUCUGUGUUAAAUAGCAAUAAACACCUUCAUUUAAUGAUCUUGACCUGCUUUACUCCUAAAGGCCAUUUAAGUUUCAAGGGCUAUAAGGAUUUUAAUCCCACUUUUAUUCUAGCCUUUCUGAUGAUCUCAACUUCUGGUUACGAAUGGAUUUUACUCAUCCAUAUUUCAAAGGAAUUUCGUAUAGAAAUUCCUGCUAGUAUUUUGCUCAAGAAGAGUAUCGGUUACAUUUCACUUGGAGGAUUUAUUCCAGGCGUGACUGAUGUGUGCAAACGGCUAAUCUUGAUAUCAAUUGAAUGCUCACAUUGCGAAUACGAUAAUCGCUAAAAAGGCAAUGACUUUGCAUUCAGAGAGCAUGAUACGAUAUUUGCAAACAAUACAUGCAAUUAACCAAAUACAACGAUCAAACAAAAAAUGUGAAAAAAGUUAAAUGAUUGAGUAAGCUCCGAAUUCCCCAAAAACGUCCACGCGAUAAGGGUUAACAGAUUAAGCUUGAAUGGUUGUUACACCAUUAAUCUAGCUUCUUAUCGUAAUCGUUUAUAAUUGAGCGAUACGGGCUUUGCGAGGUGAGAAUGUAACCUCCCAAAACAAAUUUUCCUUAUCGCCAAUAUCGGAACACCGAUAUGGGCAGAGGGAAAUAAUCUGACCUCAGCGGAAAUCGACUCGAUCGACUUAAAUUGGAUUUUAGUAGUGAAAUUGUUAACAAACUAAACGGACAUGCUAAUACGUUGGCUAGUUGGUGUUGUGGUCAUCUGGACCGGAUUGCUUACUGCCAUCGAUGCCGUACAUCCGGUGCUGGAAAAGUGGUCAAAAUCGAACAACGAUAAAGAAGAUUUAGAGUUGUCUUCUGCACAAGAGCUACGGUACCGCUUACCGAGCUAUAUAGUGCCAACGCAUUACAACCUAUACCUGGAUACCCAGAUCCACACCGGUAACCGAUCGUACAGUGGAAGUGUGGACAUACAUCUGGAUAUUCGGCAGCAGACCAAAACCAUUUACGUGCAUAACCGCGGACUGCGCAUUACGUUUAAUGAGCUGUAUUUAUCCAACUCGGCCGCUAAUAUUACUUUCCUUGAAACACUUCGCUACACCGAAGAUCAGGAGCGAGAGUUUACGAUUUUCGCGAUACGCCGUGCAAUUGCACCGGCCGAGUACAUCUUGCGGCUAGAUUUCGAAGGUCAGCUGCGGACCGAUGACGAUGGGUUUUACAUUAGCUCGUACCGGGAUGGUAAUGGUACGCAAAAAUAUCUCGCAUCGACACAAUUUCAGGCGAUCAGUGCGCGCGCAGCAUUCCCGUGUCUGGAUGAGCCAGCCUUGAAGACAACGUUUAGUGUGGAAAUUAAACAUCAUCCGAGCUAUCAGGCUAUAUCUAAUAUGCCGAUAUUUGCCAUUGCUGGAGAUAUGGACGGUAAUGUGUAUUCGGUCUUUGAAACGACGCCACCGAUGUCGGUUUAUCUGUUAGCUUUUAUGGUAUCGGAUUUCUUGUACAGCGAGAAUGUAGAGGCGGGUCAGCGUGUUUUCGCUCGACCGAAUGCAGUCAAUCAAACGCUGUAUGCGCUGGAAGCUGGAGUUCGCAUAAUGGAAGUAUUAGAUGAGUAUCUGGGUUUACCGUACGGUACGUUCAUGCCCAAGGUUGAUCAAACAGCACUAACUCAAUUCUCUGCGGGCGCCAUGGAAAACUGGGGAUUGUGUAAAUAUCGCGAGGAGUACCUGCUUUACGAGGCCGGCGUUACAAACUACCGGAGGCAAACCACAAUCACCACCAUCAUUGCACACGAGUACGCGCACCAGUGGUUCGGUAACGCUGUCACCAACAAGUGGUGGAGUUAUCUGUGGCUUAACGAAGGUUUCGCCACGCUGUACGAGUACACGGCGGCAGAUAUGGCUUAUCCGGAGCGCCAAUAUCGCGACUUGUUUAACGUGCAAGUGCUCCAGCGCGUUCUCAUCACAGACGCCGAUGAAAGCACGCGCCCGAUGACGUUUAGCCGCGGUGCAACCUUUAAUGCGAUCGUGAGUCUGUUUGAUAAUAUCGCCUACUUGAAGGGUGGCUCGAUACUUCAAAUGUUCGGACAAGUUCUGUCGGCAUCGGUUUGGCAGCAAAUGAUACGACUGUACCUGGAACGGAACCAGCUCGGAUCGGUUGGAUCGGAUGAGUUUAUUGAUGCAAUGGAGGAAGUGACUGAUGGGCUUGAUCUACUGCCCGAGGAAACGGAUGUGGAAAGUUUUGUAACGAGUUGGGUAGAACAGGCUGGUUACCCGGUUCUUGAACUUCGACGCACUUAUCGGGGAGAAGUUAUACUAACGCAAGAUCGAUUCUAUGCAAACAGAAUAGUUAAUGAUGAUAGCACUAUUUGGAUAAUACCGUACACGAUUCUGGAGCAAGGAGACUCACUGGAAACACCGCUCCAGUGGCAAUGGAUGACCACGAAAGCUAUUCGCGUGCCCCUAGACACACCGGACGAUGAGUGGAUUUUGGCCAACGUGAACCAGGCUGGAUUCUAUCGGGUAAACUACGAUCCUUCGAACUGGUACAUGUUGAUUCGUACUCUGACAGAGGAAACCACAUCCAUUCCAAUGCUCAGUCGUUCGCAACUCAUCGACGAUGCCUUCCAUUUGGCGCGCUCGAACCGACUUGAUCUUGAGAUCACCCUGGAGCUGAUGUCUUACCUCCGACAAGAACGAGAAUAUCCACCAUGGGAAGCAGCUAAUCGUGCCCUCACCUACUUCAACGGUCGUAUGCGCGGUCAGCCAGAUUACGUUCUCUAUCAGCUUUUCGUCGACACACUGAUUGGUGAUGUGUUCCAAACGCUUAACGUUACCGCGGUGCAGCCGGACGAAAGGUUGCUAGACAAGUACCUCCGACAGGUAAUAUCCAGCUGGGCCUGCCGGAUGGAGAUAGAAAGCUGCCUCACGGACACCCGCAUCGCGCUGGAACGUGAAGUGAAUGGUGAGGAACUCGUACACCCGGAUGUGUCCGAGGUGGUGUACUGUUAUGGGUUGCGCACUGCCCCAACGAAUGCCUUCCAGUAUCUGUUCGGUAAGCUGCAGAGUUCGGACAACCGUGCUGAACGAUUGGUGCUGAUCAAUGCGCUGGGCUGUGCCAACGAUACGGAACAACUGCAAGCAUACCUGCUAACGGCGAUUGGUGGAGAAUUGCAAAUAGGGUUCGACCAAGAGGAACGAUACUACAUUCUAACGUCCGUGCUGGUGAGUCGUGCCGGUGUUGACGCAUUGAUAAACUUUCUGAUGGACAACUUCACGUACGUUGCGAAUACGCUGGGCGUAAGCAUACUGAACAGUUUGGUACAAUCAAUUGCUGCUCAAACUAAUAACCUUGAGGAGGAACAGAUGCUAAAUGAACUGCUGCAGCAGCUGCAAACGAUACUGUCGGCCUCGGGUAUUGAGACGGCACGAUCAACUGUGACCAGAAAUCUAGCUUGGCCUUCCACUCGCGAGGGUGUUUUACUGAGCUACUUCCUGGAACGUUACGCUUUUCAACCGGCAUAAAGACAACCUUCGCGCGCGUACCAGAGAGAUCUAGUGAGAUCGUAGAAUAAAGCACAGUCCAUUUUUGCACGA